AGCCGCAUCGCUCCGGGCGUUUCCGUAGCGAACAGCGGCGCCUCAUGACGAGUCUCUCACCGGAUGUGACGCUGGACUUGGGCGAUGGUGUCAGGCAGACGGCACGGAGUCCGCAGCAGGUCCCCGAGACACGACCCAGCGCGCCAGGCCAGGAGUUUCGGGCCAGAAGGCAUGAUGUGCUCAUGGGGAUCCUGGUGAAGCUCUUGGAAAUGAAGUUGACCUGGGUUCUGAUUACUCUCCUCACAGUGAGCAUUUGCUAUGCCAUUGCGCAGCCAAUGCCUUGUAAUGAGGAUACGCUGUGCCGGCAAAACCAUGAGCAAAUCCAGGACUUGCGGUCCUACAGUGGCUACAUCGCGGCAGCCUUGGCGUCGGUGCUGCUGCACGAGCUGGCUUCGGUGGUUUUGACGCACAACUCUGCGAAGAAGGCGAUCCAUUUGAUUCCAAACAUCAAGGAGUCCUUGAUCCCUUCGGUGCUCUUGUGCGUCACCUUCUUUGUACUGAUCCUUGAGAAUCUCGUUUUUCUCAUCGGGGAGGCUCCCUGGUUCGCGCAUUCCUCCAACUUGGGGCAUCCAGAUUUGGAUCAUCAGCCGGUUUACAGCGUCUUCUAUGCGGAAUGGCUCAUCAAUGUGCCGAUCUUGCUGAUCCUCGCGGGGAGCUGCUGCCUCCAACGGCCGCCGCGGGAGGUCGCCGAGCCCUUGGUUGUGACCAAUGUGUACAUCGUCUUCGCUUGGGUCGCCCAUUUCAUCUCCAACGCGCCCCUUCGCUAUGUGAUGGUGGUCGUGUCUUUUCUCAUGUACUUUCGUGCCUCCUGGACCAUGUGCCAGUGGGUCUUCCGCUGGCGGAAGCAGCAAGAAGACGGGCAUAUUUGCGGGAGGCCAUUGCUGUCCUUCGCUUUGAUCAUUGUCUUCGGAAUCUAUGGAGCAGUCUACCUCGCGCGGCUGCACGGCGCCGUCAGCUGCCGGAACGAGCGGAUCUUUUUCACCACCAUGGACUUCACCACGAAGCUCUUCGCGUCCAUUGCAUUGGCGGGAAUCCGCUCCAGUGAAUUCCAAGAGGUACUCCUCACCAUGUUGGCCAAUACGCAAACAUCCUUCAAGCGGGCCUUGAACUAUGACGAUCGGCACCCCAUGAUUGGCAGUGACAGUGAAGAGAUGUGACGUCGAACGUUUUGUGACACUCAACCCCCCCACGGGGCAUCGAUUUGCGCUGCGGAAAAAUGGCUCAAGAGAAAAGAUCAAGUGGCAACCCCCCAAAAGAUCCAGGCAAUUUGGCCGAUGCUCUUUGAGUCCUCAAGCGGUGUCCAGCUUUG